AUGACAUCGAAUUCAUCCUUGAAUUAUCCGGCUGAAUAUUAUUAUCCGGACUUUCUUGAAAGUCGUUUAGAUGAUCCAUUAAAACCUCCAUCAUCACGUUUACCAAAAACAACAUCUAUUGAUAAUGGUAUUGGUUUAUCAACACAAGUUCCAAUAAAUAUUGAACAUAAAAAUGAAACAAAAAUUAAAAAAACACCAAUCAAUACAAAACAAUCAUCAACUAAUCUAGCACAUAAUGUUGCUAUUGAUCAAGGUUUACCUGAUAUUGAUAUAACACAAUCACUUAAAAUUGAUCCAAAAAAAAAUCUUCUACGUGAUCCAGCUGCAAGAAAUAUUCCAAGAUUAAUUGUUGAUGAUAAUGUUAUUAAACAAGCUGUUGUUCGAACACCUAAAAUAAUACCAACAACUAAUCUUGAUGAUAAUUUAGAACAAACAACAAUAAUUAAUCAAAUAAAACAUGCACAACAAUCUCUUCCUCAUAAUUAUAUUAAUGAAAAUUUAACAAAUCAAAUACAACCUUAUGAAUAUAUGCAACAAUAUCCUAUAAGUUAUGUUGAAAAUCAACAAACAAUUGAUGAUCGUUGGAAAAAAGAAGUUUUAAUUGAUAAUGAAGGUGCUGUCACUAUUGAACGUAUUAAAUAUGAUAAAAAUACUUAUGAUGGUCCAUUUGGUUUAACACGUCAAGGUGCUAUUAUAUUCUAUAUUGGUAUGGCAAUAUCUACUAUACUUGCAGGUGUUUUCUUAAUUAUGACUGGUAUAUUUUAUGGUCGAAAUUAUCCUGAAGGAUCAUCAGAUACUGCUAAAUUAACUGGUAUAGGUAUAUGUGCAUUUGCAUUUUAUCUUGGUUUACAAUUAAUUUUAAUUGGUUUAUGGCAUCAAAAAUAUCGUCAAGAAAAUCCAACACAAAUUAUUAAAAAACCCAAUCAACAUAAUGAUCCAUCAGCACAUUUAAAAUCAUCUAUGGAAAAAAAUGAACCAUAUGAUUAUUCAUAUCAACAACAACAAAUUGAUUAUACACCGUAUAAUUAUUAUUCUAAUCCACCAUAUAUUUCAAAUACUAAUGAACAAAUGUUAUUACAACAACCAGGUGCAGCAACAGGUGCUGCAUUUUAUGAACCAGUUGUUUGGCCAUCAAAUGUUGAAAUUGAAACACAACCAGGUUCAAAAUUUCUUCAACCUAUGGAAUGGACAUAUGGAACACCAUUAGUAAAUCCAACACCGGUACAUACAUCUGUACCAAUUACAAAUAAUAAUUCUGAAAAAAAAAGUAAUCAUCAUUAUAAUAAGAAAACAGUUGAAGCUAAUCCACCAAAAGCUAAAUUUGAUAAUCUUUUUCCGAAUUCAACUGUUACAGAAACAUCAUUACCAACAUUAACUAAAGCACCGGAUACAAAUGAUCUUAUAAGAACAAUUGUUGAUAAAGAAAAAACUUUUAAAAAAAAUUUACCAACUGGUACUUCAACAACAAAAAAUCCUAAUCGAAAAAGACCGCAUGAUAGUGAAACAGGUAGUUCAGCUAUAAUCAGUCGUCAUCGUCGACACCGUCGUCGUCAUUCUCAUUCAUCAUGUUCAACAUGUUCAAGUCGUUCAUCGAAUGAUUUCCAUAGUGAUGUUAAUUAUAAUCCUCGUCAUUAUCAACAACAAUAUCCUGAAUCAAUAUCUAAUACAAUCACACAACAAACUUCAAAAACACAUACACGUAUUCCAACAAAAACAACUAAAGAAAUCUAUCGUGAUAGUGGUUUAGAAGAUAUACCAAAUGUUCAUGAUAAUCGUCUUGAACGAAUUCCUGUUGUUCGUCGUACAGUUAUAGUUGAACCAUAUCCAACUCAAUCAAAUUCAGAUAUAGUUAUUACAUCCCAUACUGAUAAAACAGGAAAAAAUCGUUUAAAUAAAAAUCAAACUAAUGAAAUCAAUACAAAUUCUAAAAUAAAAAAGAGAACAAUAGAAAGUAGUGAUAAUACGAUGGUUGAUAUACAAAUAGAAGAUGUUAAUGAUGAUAUUAAUGAAAAUGAAAAUUGGAAAAAGAAAAAACCGAAUAAAAUAUCAUCAACAAAAAACAGCUAA